UGAAAGCAAAAUUUGAUUUUUUUAACGGCGUGUUCGUAAAUUGAUUUUUUCUAUCGAAGUGAUUUUUUUUAUCGAUGCUGGCGUUCGUAAAUUCCAAACAAACGUAUGCAAAAGCAUAUGGAAAGUGAUUUGACAUCUACCAAACAAAUCAAUCGACGAUGCAUCACCCAAAAAAAUCAAUUUACGAACGCGCCGUAAAUGGCGUCUCCGAUAUAACAGCUUCACAGUAAACUUCACAAACAAGAGCGUCGACUUUCGUGCGCCAGCUUCGAGUCCUUUUUUAACGGAUACGGAACUUAUUUCGAAACUAGAACGGUCAAUGGACGUCCAGCCGGAAGUCGGCAACCGGCUAACCACGACGGUUGACAGUGAGCUCUGUUUCCAGGAAGGGGAACUGUUCGAGUCGUACCAGAAGUUUCUGGAGCGAUUGGAACUGCACAGUCGUCAGGAUUAUGUAUAUUACUGGCGUCGGGAUUCGCGAACCAUCGAGGCGGCGUCGAUCAAGAAAACGACGAGAUGCAUUAAUCCGGCGCUGCGAUACUAUUCGUUGCGUUAUACUUGCGUUCUCGGAGGUCAGAAAUUUGAACCGAAGUCCAAAAGACGAGAAUCGAUCCGCAUCGACUGUCCCGCCUUCGUCGGUCUGCGAGCCACAAAAUGUGGCCAAUGGUUGGUGGUUUCUGCCGUCUGCAACAGCCACAACCACGAGAUCGGCCCGGAGGUGUCGAAAAAGCUGUCUCAGGGCAAAAAGCUUUCCCCGGAAAUGAAACGAGAGGUGCAAACCCUUUUGCUGCAUUCGCUGGACAAAACUCUCCUCAAAGAGUACGUCCGGUUGAAGGAACAGAAAGAGCUAUCGACCAAAGAUUUGAUUAAUCUGACAGUAGCCGCCCGGAAACAGCGAGACUGUGGAAAGCUUGAGUUUCACAAAAAUCAGACUGCUAGAUUGACGAAACAUGUGACGAAUUUCGUGCGGAAGAAUUCUGACCGUUAUGAUAGCAAGUUGCCGGAUGAAAGUUCCAGCUUAACCGAUAUUGAUUCGCAGGGUAUUGAAAUGCUAGAAGAAAGACUGAUGGAUCUUGACGGGCUUGCGGAUCAAGACACUCAGGAGUCACAGUUCUCAACAUUGGAAACCGCCCAUUGCCAGAUUGAAACACUUGAAAACUUUACAAUAAAGCAUGAGGUCGUCGAACUUACCCCAGAACCCAAAAUCGAGCGAAAAAGAAGUCGUUGGAAGAACUCAACCUGUUUGAAUUGUUACUCACGAAGUCGAAUACUUAUCCGGUCUCAAAUCGAUGUCCUUCGAGCACGCAAAGAUAAACUUAAAGAAGAAACCAACAUUCUCCGGUUACAAAAGCAAAAACUUAAAUUAGAACUGAAAAUUCUGCACGAAACUGCAAAAAUAAUAUAACCAAUAAACCACACG